AUGAAGUUCUUUGCCGCUGCCAGCCUUGUAUCAGGCCUCUUCGCAACCGCCGCCUCGGCCAUCGACCUCCACCUCGAGAUUGCGGGCGGCUGUAGCUCCAGCGGUGGCGGGUGGAUCUGCUACAACAUCAACCCCAACACUUGCUGUAGCGUCAACUCGGGUGUCUAUCUCGGCAGCGGCUCGUUCAGGGCCAUCCCGGUCGGCUGGAACAUCCAGUGCCGUGGUCACGCCGGGCCCAACUGCGGCCCCAUUCGCGAGCAGCAGGACAGCGGCGGCCGCAACUACGUCUGCCUGGGCAACGGGCCCUUUGGCGGGCUGGGCUACGGUUUCAACAACAGAAAGAUGAUCCGCGGUGAGACACUGGACGCCCGCGAUGUCGAGAAGACCGAAGAGUGCGCCCAGCCGGACGUCCUGUAUCUCGCCGACGGCACCCAGUACAACUACACCGCCAUCGCCGAGGCUGGCCAGGCCAACGAGGAGAUUGUCUCGCUUAUCGGGGCCGGCGCAUCGGCCGACGACAUCCCCAGCUAUAAGGAAUUCAAGCUCGACGAAAGGCUCGUUCUGUGA